AUGCCAGCCUCAGUGACCACCAGCGAGCAAGAGGAGGAGGAUUAUCAGCCAGUCCUGCACUUCAUCGUCGAUGUUGAUCAGCUCACGAAUCAUGGAAUCAAUGCAUCCGACGUCAGCAAGCUCAAGCUGAGCUCGUACUACACCAUCGGACAAGUGAUGAACGCCCACAGCAAGGUGCUGAAGACCAUCAAAGGCUACUCCGAGCAGAAGGUUGAAAAGGUCAAAGAAGCCGCGAGAAAAUGCCAGCCACAUGGCUUCACUGGCAUGAUGACGGCUCAAGAGCUGCUCAUGCGACGCAAAGGCUGUUUCCGUAUCCAGACCGGCAGCAAGCAGUGGGAUACCAUCCUCGGCGGAGGCUUUGAAUCUCGCAGUGUCAACGAAGUCUAUGGCGAGUAUCGUUGCGGCAAGACUCAGCUCUGCCACACCAUGUGUGUCAUUGCACAGACUGUCCCGAAGCUGAAGCGACCUAUGUCAUUACUACCGGCGGCAUCAACGAUCCUGACAAAGCUUGAUCUCGACGUCUCCCCACUUCUUCCUCACGAUUUACAACCAUGUCUUGCUGAUUGCUUUCCGGACUUUGCUGCGAUCUCACUAACAAAUGCUGGCAACAUCGCUACGAAUCCGGAGGAAAUCAUUGGCGGCAAAUAUCUCGAACGGGACGGCGAACAUUUCAGUUGGAAACACACAUCGAUAGCUCGUUCCAUCGAUCAGAUUGGCCUGAAACACUACUGGGCACAUCACGUCUGGCGCAGUGUGCUUCAAACGUACAUAAAGCACUCACAGAUUCAGACUCUCUACGUCAAAAGUCCGAAGUGUACCGUGGGAUGGGCACUCGCCAAGGACAUUCUUUCAGCUCUUGGCUUCUAA